UUUCCAUCAGAAAAAAUUGAUGUACUUAACAUAAUGUGAGCAGACACUUCAUAUACAAAAGUGCAUUGUUGCUUGUGUGACACACGAUCCACCUGUGACGUUCACAGCUACUUAUGUUGCUGCUUUCCUUUUCUUCUCAAAGCAUUUGUUGUGAAUUGUUUUUAUAGUCAUCAGCUCAAAGGGGGUCACUAUAAAUGCCCGAAAGUCAUGAAGGCGAGGGCAGAAACGCUGAACUUCGAUUGAGGCAAACGCUGACCAUCUGUACAAGCUUUUUCUCCAAUGAUGUGGCUGGCUGUAGUUCUUUAUCAAAUUUCCAUGUACUGUUUUGCUCAGCUUCAGAAUCGUUGUUUGGAUCCGAGAACAUUCAGAAUGCCAGCUAACUCAGACAUUGAUGUCUUGUGCGGCUCUGAGAAGGUGGACCUUAAGAUCCUCCUGUGCCCCAUGUAUUUUGCAGGAUACAAUGAGACAAUGGUGUCUCUUAACUCGCAGCGCUCAAAAGAUGAAUGCAAAGGGACUCCUGACUGGAAGACCAACCCACCUGUUCUCACAUUCAGUAUUCCCAUCACAAAUCAGGGAAUUGCUGCUUGUUCCACCCAGAUGACUAUCAUAAAUGAAAUGGGCAGUGGGGUGUUUAAAGACUUGUCAUAUGUCCAGCACAUUAAAAUCUCAGGCAUGGUCUCCACCGAGGACACGUCUACAGGAACCAUUUCAUAUGACCAAGCAGUGAUCUACAAGUUCUCCUGCCGCUAUCCGCUCCAGUACCUGGUCAACAAUACUGAGAUAAGUGUGGCUGGAGUCACUCUGGCAGUCCAGGAGAAUAAUGGGAGUUUCAUCAGUUCACUGACCAUGCAGCUUUACUCGGACAAUACCUACUCCUCCCCCCUGCAUAUCCCCGUAAGAGGUCUGCACCUGAAGACCAGGAUCUUUGUAGAAGUGAAGGCACUCAACCUAUCAAAGAGGUUCAAUGUCCACCUGGACAGAUGUUAUGCCACUCCCACACCUUACGCCGUCAACAGCAGACAAAUACAUCAUGAUCUUUUUAUUGGGUGUGAGCGGGAUGGUCAGACAGUAAUCAGAGUCAAUGGACAGCAGCAGGUGGCUCGCUUCUCCUUUGAGGCAUUCAGAUUUACUGUACACAGUGAUGCUGCUUAUUCCACCUUCUAUUUGCACUGUUUCACCAGGCUGUGUGAGCACAGCUACUGCUCCAUGCUGCAGAACUGCACUAACUCUAGGAGACGAAGGAGCAUUGACGAUGACGGCACAACCUCAGUGACCGACGUGGCGACCGUGACCUCGGGCCCCAUUACCAUCUACUUAGACAGCGGGGAUCCGCUGGCCUCUGCAGGUACGUAUUCCAUCGACAGGUGGAGAGCAGUGGAUAAGGCAUCCUCAGCAGAGCGGUUUGGUCGGGGGUGUAGGGGGUCGAAUGUGGGAGAUGCCUUUCAGAAUCACAUGGACAGUGCAGUGGUGAGCGUGUCAAUCGUAGCCACCAUCAUCAGUGUGUUCUGCAUCACUUUGCUGGCUUUCAUCAUAUAUCAGCGACACCACAACUCCCACGACAGUUUUGACAGGACAAUUCUCUACAUUCAGGAGUCAGAAUGA